AUGAUUAGACAUCUGAAGUUGAAGCCAUUCAGAACACUACCGUGUCGACCACUUCGGGAAACGACUGCUCCAGGUUUUCACUCUGGAACCGUCGAGGAACAAACACCAAACCCUACCGGCCAUUUCGGGAGGCAUCAUUUAGAACAGUUCUGUAUGAACGAACUUGAAGAGAAACAUCGCGACAGAUCAUACCGAUACUUCAACAACAUCAAUCGUUUGGCUGGCCAAUUCCCUCGAGCACAUUUAUCCAGCACAGAAGAUAAGGUCACUGUUUGGUGUUCAAAUGACUAUUUGGGCAUGAGUAGAAAUUCUACUGUCCUUCAUGCCAUGAGCGAAACGUUGAAAACCUAUGGGGCUGGGGCUGGGGGUACACGCAAUAUAUCUGGCCACAAUUUUCAUGCCAUUUCUCUGGAGAAGACUCUCGCCAACUUGCACAAUAAGCCUAGCGCGCUUGUUUUCUCCUCCUGCUAUGUGGCAAAUGACGCGACACUUUCUACGCUUGGGAGCAAGCUGCCUGAUUGUGUGAUUUUCAGCGAUAGUAUGAAUCAUGCGUCUAUGAUUCAGGGUAUUCGAAACUCGAGAGCCCAGAAAAUCAUUUUUAAGCACAAUGAUCUUGAAGAUUUGGAGUCAAAACUCGAUUCUGUUGCACCCCAUCGACCCAAAAUCAUCGCAUUUGAGUCUGUAUACAGCAUGUCCGGGUCAAUUGCACCGAUCGAGGGUAUUUGCACCUUGGCUGAAAGAUACGGUGCGAUUACCUUUCUGGAUGAAGUUCAUGCUGUUGGGAUGUAUGGACCAUCGGGGGCUGGCAUCGCAGAACACCUCGACUUUGAGUUUCAUCAGGCCCGUCAAAAGUCCAGAAUACCGUCCAGAUCUCACAGGGAUGUGAUGUCACGAGUCGAUAUCGUUAGUGGGACUCUGGGAAAGGCAUUUGGAGGUGCGGGAGGCUACAUUGCGGCGACCAGCAGUGUCGUAGAUUUCAUUCGAAGUCUUGCACCAGGCUUUAUUUUUACUACCUCUCUCCCUCCACACGUGAUGGCCGGGGCUCAUGCAGCCGUUGAGUAUCAGCGAAAUUGCGCUGCCGAGCGUGUCCUUCAGCAGGUACAUACACGCAUGCUAAAGGCUGAGCUUGUCGCCCAGGCAUUCCCGGUUGUCCCAAAUCCCUCUCAUAUAAUACCACUGCUUGUUGGCGACGCGGAAAAAGCGAAGGCAGCUUCUGAUCUUUUGCUACGGAAGCAUGCCAUCUAUGUUCAAUCUAUCAACUAUCCCACGGUCGAGCGUGGGAUGGAGAGACUACGGAUUACACCUACCCCUGGACAUACCAAAGACUUGCAAAAGGAGUUGAUUGAGGCACUAGAGGGUGUCUGGACUGAGCUUGAACUGCCUCGCCUGAGUGAUAUUUCUCAAGAAAGGGUCUUUUUCAAUGACAACGCACCUAUUUGGACGGAUGAACAAUUAGAACUCUAUCAGAAGUGA